AUGAGUGCGAAUAGCUCGCAGUUUUCCGUAGCAGAGAAGCGCGAUCUUUUGAGUAAGAUUACCGCCUUAUCGGGUGAAUUAAAGGCUCUGACUCCUCGUGCCUCGGCUGCCUCUCCAAGCUCGGCCUUACACACUGAAACAGAUGAAAAUGGCGAGGACUUGAGUGGUCUAAAGGCUGAAUUGAGUGCUUUAGAGGCUGAAGCUGGCGGUCGAGGACGUGGUGGUCGGUGGUCUUCAGGACGUGGGUACAGAGGAGGCCGUGGAAGCCGUGGACGUGGGGGAUUCGGUCGAGGCUCCCAUGCACUCGACAAUCGCACUACAAUUAUUAAAGUAGCGAAUCUGCCUGAGGAAGCCUGUGAUUCUGUGGUGCUCACACAGCAUUUUGGUAACUUUGGCGUCGUAGAGCGAGUCGUUAUGGAUGAUUCAGCACCUGGCCAAAGUUAUAUCAAAUUUCAGGACCGAUAUGCCGGACAGGCAGCACUGAUACAUGGUAAUGUGUUUGGUGACAAACAGCUAGAGAUGACGUGGGUUGAGUCGCAGGAAGCACCAGCUGUACUGAAUUCUCCGAAAGCAGUAGCAUCUGCUGAUGCUGGUGAAUCUAGUUCUAAUGCUCAUACAAGCGCGUAG